AUGCCACCUUUUGGAACCAUUCGGAAUAUUCAACUUGUAGUUUGGGUGGUGAUUCUGAUCAUUGCCUGCUAUGUCAUAAUAGUGGUCGAAGCGUCUCCUGAGCAUAAUUCGCCAGGAGUCAGCAAUCAAACAAUUAACGAAGCUAAUGUACGAACAGAAAGUGGUGACUCAAGAAUUCGCAAAGACGAUAAUCUCACAGAAGAACAAACGAAUGAAUUGCAGGAGCUUAUUCGCGGCAUAUUUUACACUGCAUUUUUCAUUUUCAAAUUUAUCUUCACUUCGAUAUUCUCAAUAAUUUAUCAAGUUCUAAGGCCAAUCAUCUAUCUAAUCAAUCAAGUUUACUAUACGUUCUUUGUCGUACCAUUCGGAUUUAUAAAGUUAGCAUUUAUCACCGUUUACCCAGUGUUUACAUUUUUGACAGUUGCAGCAUUACUUGGGCUUUGUUUUGGAGGCACAGCGGGGUGGAUUUCUGAAGUUAUUGUAGGAGUAUUGACUACUCCUGUUAAUGAUGAACCAAUAACAAACGAAAUUGAAAAUAAAAAACGCGUGGCGAAAAUAAAGAAGCGCGCAGCCGCUCUGGCCAAUUUGAAAGCCAGGAAUGGAGGAAAAAUUCCAGAAGAAUUCUAUGGUCGGUUUGCGGCCAACGGUCGUCCAGGUGUGACGAGGAAGGGAUCUAACAUGUCUAGCAUGAUAGAAGGUUAUGAUAAAGGUGAAUAUGAGAAUAGUUAUAAAGGUUAUUCUAGUGCUGGAUUAGGUGAUUGA